GGCGCCUUUGUGCUUCUGUUGCUCUUGCGCUGCACUUUCCUUUCCUUUGUCCACGCCACGCCGCGCUACGCCCUUUCAUCCUCCUCAUCGCGACGUCGUGUCGCAGCUCCACUCGAUGACCCCGUCGUCCUCCUACCCGCCGUCAGGUAGGGAGGCGCCGCAUCACUCCAUUGGGCGAGACUCGCAGGAUUCGUCGUCCUCGGCAGAAGGCUCAGCAUCUUCCUCCUCCUCUUCCUCGUCGUCCUCACGACGACUGCGCAGCGAGCGCAAGGCUGCUCGUCCUCCUCCGCGAGCUUCUUCGAUGGACCGUCCCAAGGCGCCAAACGCGGCGGCGCAAGCAGUGGCAGCAUCUUCCUCGUCAACCUCGCGGUAUAGAGACGAAGAGGAGAGCCUCUCUGGCGGUCGGCUACGUCUUCCCCCGCAGUACCCUUACGACCAGCCGGAGAGAUCCACUCCACUGUUGCGCUCUGCGAGCCAUUUGUUGAGGAGGGAGCCGGAGGAGAUUAGGAUGUUAGCUCAGCCGAGUAGGAUCAAGACGCAGGAGGAAUUCUGGAAACGGGGCGUCGUGGUGGGGGCGUUGAUAUUGAGCUGGUACUUCUUCUCAAUGCUCAUCUCGGUCUACAACAAGUGGAUGUUUGACCCAUCAAAACGCGUUCUGCCCUACCCGAUCUUCGUCACCUCGAUACACAUGAUAGUCCAGUUCAGCAUCGCCGCCUCCCUCCUCGCCCUCUUCGACCGCAACGGCAACGUCGAGCUGAUACCGCGGCAGCCGAACGGGAGACGAAGGAGGCCCAGUGGGAAGGAUUGGAUAUCAAAGGUCUUCCCUUGCGCCCUAGCCACGGCGCUGGAUAUCGGCCUGUCCAACACGUCGCUAAAGAGCAUUACCCUCACCCUCUACACGAUGUGCAAGUCGUCCAACCUCGUCUUUGUGCUCUUGUUCGCCUUUCUCUUCAAGCUGGAGAAACUGAGGUGGAAUCUCGUGGCCGUCAUCAUCAUCAUCACCGUUGGGGUCAUCAUGAUGGUUUCCGCCGAGACGGAGCUGGUGGUCAUUGGAGCGGUCCAGGUGCUCCUCGCAUCAUGCAUGGGCGGCUUGCGCUGGGCUCUCACGCAGAUGCUGCUAGAGAAGGAGAAGCUCGGCAUGAACAAUCCAGUCGCCACAAUCUUCUGGCUCUGCCCGCCCAUGGCCCUCCUCCUCCUCGUCACCUCCAGCAUCGUUGAGAGCUGGGGAGCAAUCUUUGCUUCCGAAGGCUUCCACAAUGGGCUUUGGCACCUCAUCAAGACACUCGCCAUGAUCCUCUUCCCUGGCUUUCUCGCCUUCUGCAUGAGCCUGAGCGAGUAUGCCCUGAUCCAACGCACCUCGGUCGUGACCCUCUCCGUGGCCGGCAUCCUCAAAGAAGUCCUAACAGUCAUCCUCGCCUCGGUCAUAUUCGACGAUCGCCUCACACCCGUAAAUAUCACGGGCCUCUGCAUAGCCAUAGGCGGGAUUGCGGCGUACAACUACAUCAAGUAUCGCAGCUUGAAGCGCAAGGAGCAAAGGGAGGAGCAGGGCUUGCGUGGAGAGGAUGGCGAGGAGGAGGAGGGGCAGGGCAAGGGAUAUAGUCGCGUUGCGAUGAAUGAUCAGGAGGAGGCGGAGGCGGAGGGCAGGCCUCUAUUCGUCGCGCCGCCUACCCCGUCAGUCGCCAAGGGGUCGCACCCUCUCGCUGUCAGUGAUCCAGUGGACGAGGAAAGAAGACGCAAAGCCCGCGAAGAAGAGGCGAGCAUGGAUGGGUGGGAGAGCAGUGGCUUCCAACUUUCGUCGGACGGCUUCUACGAUGCAGUCGAGGGUGAAGCGAUGGCGAGUGGUGGCGCGAGGGGCAAGGCGUGAGAACUAAAUGAGCAUUUCUCUCCCUCUUUGCGUCGUUCGCGUUCAUUCGAUGUAGCCUCUGCCCCACGUGGCGCAGCGAAAGUGUUGUUCUCCAC